AUGGGAUCAUCUAGUGAUGAAAAAGGAUUGGUCAGUAGGAAUGAACAAUCUGCAAAAUGUUUGGUAGACAAUGUAACUAUAUCCGAACGUGAUAAUGAACAGUCAGCCCAGCUUUUGGAAGAUAUUACAAUGAUAUCAGGAAACCAAGAUAGGGCUAUCAUCGAAGAACCUCAUCAUUCGAAUAGUUCCAGUUCCAAGCCUUCAAACUCAUCAAGUAGUUCUUCAUCUGCUAGUGAGAGUGACGCUUCAUCUUCCUCUGAGGAUUGUGAAGAUUUAAUCAACGACAAAUUGUAUACACCAGAAAGUGAUGAUUCUGAGGAAGAUAGCGACAAAGUUUCCGACGAAACUCAACAAAACGAUAGUUCCAAUACGAUAGAGGAAACAGGAGACAUAGAAGAAACAUGUCAACCCAGUACCUCACAAAAUACUAAUGUUAGGAAAAAUAUUAGAGAUGGUUUACAGGAACGAAAUAACGAAUCCACAAGUUCCCAUACUGCAGAGGGAAAUGAUUUUGGAGACGAUAUCUGCUAUUCUAUCACUUCAGAGGAUAUUAACGAAAAUAGAGAGAAUUUGGAACAUUGCGACGAAUUCAUCACCUAUGUUAAAUUGGAUAAAACUUCAGAGAGGUAUAAGGAUUUAGCUUUCUGGCCAGAUUCUGUUGACAACGAUCUGAUAAGAUUAUAUCUAGUCAAAGAUUUCACAUAUUUCCAGAAUUAUGAUCAUAAUAAUUACUAUCCUCAGUCUGAAACAGCCUUCGGGAAGCAGAAAAGAUGUUUCAAUAACUUGUACUUUGCGAGAACUUUAAAAAACGGACAAAAGAUAAAGAGGCAGUGGCUAUGUUACUCGCCAAGCAGUGGCUUAGUUUAUUGCAUUGCAUGUAAAUUGUUUUCCUUGGCAGAAUCGAAAUUCAAAACCGGACUGAAUGAUUGGCCUAAUAUAUUACGGUUGUUGGAUAUGCACCAGUUGAGCAAAGGUCACACGCAGUCGAUUUUGACAUGGUUUUCAAGGAAGGAAAAUAAAAACACCAUCGAUAAACAUAUGGAGGAGCAAGCCAAAAAAGAAUCGGAUCACUUUUACCAAGAUCUCAGUCUGCAUCAACGAGAUUCUACACCGGAUUUGGACCACAUUGAUCAAUUAGCCAUUGUUGUGAGGUAUUGUUUCCAAGGAUUGCCUUAUGAAAGGGUUUUGACGUUUAUUCCAAUUGAGAGACACACAUCGGAAUAUUUGUUUGAACAAAUAUCUUCGUUUCUGAGCCAAACUGGUAUUCCUUUAGAAAACAUUCGAGGACAGUCAUAUGACAAUGCAGCCAACAUGAGUGGUACAUAUAAUGGAGUCCAAGCUCGUUUCAAGUCUAUUAAUAGGUUCGCAGAUUAUAUACCCUGUUCGGCACAUUCGUUAAAUCUCGUGGGAGCAGAAGCUGUGAAGUUGAUUCCAGAAGUCGUAGAUUAUUUCGGUAUCCUCCAGUUGCUAUAUGUUUUUUUCUCUGCAUCACCCCAUAGAUGGAAUAAAGUGUCAACUAUCGCAAAACUUCAGUACUUAUUGAAAUCUUUGAGUUUAACAAGAUGGUGUGCUCAUUAUGAAGCUGUUAGAGCACUAAAAUUUGGAUAUGAUGAUAUAUUGAAGACUUCAAAGCACAUAUACUUGGAUGAAACAGAGAAGACUGAUUGCAGAAAUGAGGCAAAAAAAUUAUAUAAAAAGCUUAUUAAAUUAGAAUAUGCUAUGUUGACAGUGAUUUGGGAAAGAGUACUAGAGCGCUUCAAUAAGGUUUCUACGAAACUACAAAAUCCUAGUUUGAAUAUACAAGAAGCAUAUUACUUAAUGGACUCUUCGAAACUGUUAAUACAAGAUAUCAGAGGAAGAACCGAAUCAGAAACUGAUCAAUUGGAAACAAAUGCCAAAGAAUUAAGCGAAGAUAUUGAGAAAGAAUAUGAGGGAUACUAUGAGCGCAAAAGAAAAAUUCUGCUUGCGAAUAAGGAAAUCGAAAAGCCUGUAUUCAUUGGAAAAGAUAAAUUUAGGUAUCUGUAUGAAUGGAAAUCUAAGACAAAAAAAGCUCGCCUGAACUACAGUGCUAUUAUGCAGACAGGUGGUGGGGGAUACAUUUGUAAGGAUCUCACUGAUCUUGAAAAUAGACUGAUGGCCCUUUUUGGAUGGAUCAACAUCAUUGGGUGUCCUGGUGCACCAGCAGAAGUAGAUCCAGAUGCAGAAUUGGUGGAAAAUGUGAUUAUUGAAGUAACAGAAAAUGAAUUAUUUGAGGGUCUUGGUACAACUUCAAGACCAAGAGAUGUACUGGAGCCAACACCCCAAAACAACCAAUCUUUACUUGACACUCCGGUUCCCCCUUUGACUCCAACGUCAUUCCAACAACCUCCCCCUCCAAUGGUUGUAACAACCGACCUUAUUGACCUGACCGACGAGCCGGCUGAAGUAUCCUCGGAACCGAGGACUCAAAAAGCGUCGGAUGACUCAGCUUCCCAAGGCCCUUCUGGUACUUAUCAGGAGGUUCUAGCUUCCUUUAUGUCUCAUCAGAAUGUAGGCGACGCACCGAUUCCUUGUUACUCUAAGCCCCGAGUAUCGUUUCCUGAUGAGAUUUUUCCACCCUCCUCACCGAAUGAAACGUCGAGAAGAGUACAGUGUAACAACUCUACUCGAUUAGUCGAUUUAACCAUGGACCCAUCUGUGGCAUUACAACAAAGAUUCAAUAAUCUUCAAAUGUCCCCAAUUAUUCCCAAUGAUAAACUGAUAUGUGCGGCUGUUGCUAAGUGCGAGUGCCGCGAUGAUGGGUGUUCGAGAACGUUCGAGAGAGGGAAGUGGAGGCUGGUGUAUCGUACAAAAAAGACGGGGACUCGACGGUUGAUCGUGGCGCAGGAAGGGUACGCCAUCGAAGCUGUUUGCCGGCGAGUACGGCCAAGUUUGUUGGGAAAUUGUAUUGCUGAUACGGCCUCAUUUGGGCUGAAAUUGUGCAUUGAGCUGCUAACUAUUGUACGUGGUCUGUAUGUUGUACGGCAGGAGAUACUCUGUGGUCAGUCUCGUAUCUGUCUGUGGCCUGUGCGGUGGAUUGUUGUGCGCUAUGGAUGCGAAAGAUCUACACCUUCUCGGUACAGUAAUGUGAAGGUACUAUUGCACAAAUAUAGCAAAAUUAUGGAUAUCCGGAAUUUUUUCAAUAUGAAAUCCUCAUGCGAUUUCGAGGAUAAUCCAGAUAGUGGAAGUCCACCAAAGAAAAGAAAUAAGUCAACUGAUGAAGACCUCACCAUUUUUCAAGAAGAGCGAGAGCGUAUGGUUGUAGCAGAUGCCUUGGUAGCCUCGUGCUCUUAUAGCACAAAUCGGGAAGAGCAAGAGGAAAUAACUGAAGGAACUAAUGACUUAGGAAAUUAUAUAGGAUUGCAACAAUAUCUGUAUGAAUGGAAAUCUAAGACAAAAAAAGCUCGCCUGAACUACAGUGCUAUUAUGCAGACAGGUGGUGGGGGAUACAUUUGUAAGGAUCUCACUGAUCUUGAAAAUAGACUGAUGGCUUUUUUUGGAUGGAUCAACAUCAUUGGGUGUCCUGGUGCACCAGCAGAAGUAGAUCCAGAUGCAGAAUUGGUGGAAAAUGUGAUUAUUGAAGUAACAGAAAAUGAAUGUGCUAUUCCAAAAAUUGCACACAGGAAGAAAAAAAUCAAUUCUUCCAAAAAGUUGGAAAAUUCAGCCAUUCUAUACAGUGAAAGCACUCAACAAAUGGUCUUAGCAGUCAAGGAAAUGGCUGCUGCUAUUUCUCAGCUUGCUGAUGCUAUAUCAAAAAUUGCUUCAGCCUUGAAUAAGGAAAGCAGCUAA